AUGGGCUCGCUCGCACCUCAACGAGGUGAUGAGCUUCACAAAGUUGUUUGUCUGGACGCCUAUACGUGUCCGGUCCCUAUAUUCGACUUCGCCCACGAGUAUGUCGAGUACCAUAAUACUAUCGGCGAGGACCUGAUUAUCGAGCGCGUUCGCGAUGCCACCAUCAUCAUCACAUCGCGUGUGCCCAUCUCGGCCCGCACUGUUGCCGCUUGCUUCCGCCUGGAGCUGAUCGCCUUCAUGACAACUGGUACUGACAUUGCUGAUAAAAAGGCAUGCCGGGCUCGCGGCAUCACGGUAUGCAAUGCACCCGGCGCCAACGCUGAGUCUGUUGCUGAGCAUGCCUUUGCCUUAUACAUGGCUGCCAAGCGCCAGGUUGUUGACUUGCACCGCGUUACACUCGAGGCUGAGGCCUGGCCUCGAGAAAAGAAUGUGUUUCACUUGUACCCGCAGCUGCCACGAGUUAUGAGGCAUGAGAUAUUGGGUAUCGUCGGAUACGGAGCCAUAGGUAAAUAUGCGGAGGCCAUAGGAAAGGCACUGGGGAUGUCGGUGGUAAUCGCCGAGAGAAAAUCCACGCCGAUUAGUAAAGUAAGACCCGGGAGAGAGCCGUUCGAAGAGGUAGUGAAAACUUGUACAGUGCUGUUACUCGCGUGUCCGCUCGAUGAAGAAUCGAGUAACAUGAUUUCAGAACCCGAGCUUCGGGCGAUGAGACCAGAUAGCAUUGUAGUCAACGUGGCACGCGGAGGUGUCAUGAACGAGGCGGCGCUCCUCAGGGCAUUGAAAGAAAAAUGGAUAUACGCUGCCGCCACAGAUGUCUUUGUAACUGAGCCAGCGACAAAGGAGGGCUGCCAACUCAUUCGAGAUUGCCCCAGCAACUUGACACUCUCACCACAUGUUGCAUGGUAUGGAGGCACAUGCUUGGAGAAUCUACAACUAAGUAUCAAGGAAACGCUGGAGAGUUAUGUGGCAGGAAAGGUAAUCAACUCUGUUCUUUGA